CGCCUUCGUUCACCAAGCUUUUCUGGAGCGCGGCGUGGUCAUGUACGUUGGAUAGGAAGUCAUCAGAGACUGCCUAGCUGCUGCCAUCAGAAGCUGUGGAAUUUCCGCACGUAAAUUUACCGGUCGACUAAGAACACCGCCGUGACGCGUAUGAGGGGAUUUGAAUGGACUGCAGAAGGGAUGGCCACACGGUAGUUGAUUACUGCAUUUGAACGCAGAAGGGGAUCACUUAUCCCCUCUCCCCCUCUCACACACACCACAGUAUACAGUUGUUUUACUUUGUUUGUUUAUGCCUAGAAAUAAAUUGGACAUCAAAGAAUGGGAAAGUGAAGUCUAACUUCAUAAAUAAACCAGUGCCUCUUCGUAACUUACCUGGUGUACUUACCCAGGAUAAUCAACAGCUGCAGCAUCACUUGGCUCAGCUUGCCUCAGUGUUUUCACACUCUGUGAAAUACUAUGGUAACGGUGAUCACGGAGAAGUUGAGAAACCAAUCUCUAGAAGAUGUUUCUACCUUCGAGCAAAUAAUUCCAUAUAGGACAAGAAGUCGAGUGAAAUACUUCAAAAAUAUCAGCUCUAUUCAUUCUCUCGAGAAUAAAGGUGGGAAUUUACUGGUUGUGAACACUGGUACCACAGAAUGUGAUAGAAGAACAAAAGGAAACAAUCAGCUGCUGGCAAGCAAAGAGGACAGGGCACAGCAGGAGAGCUGUGCGGCUGCUGUGGAUGGACUUGCUUGUCACACUCCACCUACUCCUCCCAAAAAACGUCACUGCCGAUCACUAUCAACUGGUGAGCUCUCAGGAAAUGCAAAAUUGAAUAAAUGGCAACCCAAGGCAUCUAGUAUAUGGAAGCCAGUACCGAUAAAGUACCGUGAUCUUGUAAGCAUCUCACCCCAACUCCAACUUGCCAGCCAUGGUUUUGGUGGACCAAACUUGCCAAUUGGGAUAAACGAGUUUUCCACACCACCCGAGUCGCCUGUUCCACGCCCUGCAUCAGCUACCCUAGACCGUACCUUCACAGCUCCAUGGCUGGAAAAUAGCCCCAUUCGACAUGCCCAUGUAUUGAAAGCUCGUAGUCUGUCAUUAUCAGAAGAUUUCACAGAAAGCUCUAGUUGUGCAACACGGGUUAACAGCAGUGUUGAAUUGCCAAGGAAACGCUUUGGUUUGCCACGAUGUCGCUCCCAACCAUGUGUACUAGACCGAAAAGGGGGAUUAAAGAGAAGGCGAGGUGAUGAUAUUGCAAGACCAGCUUUAGAUUUUGAGAAGAUGAAAGAGACUUCAUAUGACAGACGCAGGCUUGAUGCUGGACAUUCAAAACAGUAUCUGAAUGUCGGAGCACCACGUGGUUGGCCAACACUUUUCAAAGAACCAGACAAGUUUCUAGGAUUGAUGCCGAUUGCGUCAUCGCCGUGCGAUAGUAACCUAUCCUCUAGUGUGAUGAUCACACCGACGUCAAGUCCAACUAAGCAACUGAACGAAACAGACAACAAGAAUACCAAGGAAAGUGAUAGAAAACUUGAAGAUGAUGAACAGUGUGAGGGUUACUACAAUGAGGAAGAUGAUGAAGAAGAAAUCUUUCAUCUUGAUAGUGAAGAUCUUGACCUAGAAUCGAUUGAACGCCAUUAAUCUGUGCUUGCUUCAUACCAGUUGGAAAAAAAAACUACCCAUCAUACAUUCCUUGUCUAGUAUUGUUGCAUUGUUUCUUUUGUUUUUUAAAUGUUGGAUCAAAGUUUGUCAGUUUCUAUCACAACUUUGAGAUUUUGAAGUACAGAAAAUCAUUAUUUUUCCCAUCUACGUAUAUUUACGAUAAUUAGUCUUCAGGAACUGGGACAGUCCAAGAAGAUA